AUGGUGAGUGCUUUUUCAAUUGGCAAAGCGUAACGAUCCACUCAACCCAGAAGUGAAACACCUGGCCCAGGGGCUUACUAACCAAUGAAAAAACAGAAGAUGACGCCUCCAUCUUUCAAAUUUGGAUCUGGCAAUAGAAGUGGCCUUCUUAGAGUAUUUGCACCAGGACCUGGAGCCUAUGAGCAUCCUUCGAGAGUAACCAAAGAGGGACCAAAGUAUUCCUUUGGUCUUAAGAAACCAACAAUUUUAGCAAAAUAGGGACCAGGACCAGGAGCUUACAAUCCUAAUUACCGAACAAUGGUGAAGGCUCUUCCUAAUUAUUCAAUGGGAGCCAAACUAUCGUAAACCUACUCUACAUUAUAACCAGGGCCUGGAGCUUACGAAAAUCCUUCCACGGUAGUAGGAGUUCCUUGUAUGAGAUUUCCCAACUCUAAGCGCGAUGGAUUUUAUGACGUGACUCGUACCCCAGGACCUGGAUCAUAUCUAAAAAGACCAAAUAGUGCUGGUCCAUAAUAUAAAUUUGGGACGGCAUCAAGAGGAGCGUUUUCAGAAAUAAAGAAUCCUGGUCCAGGAGAAUAUGAAGCAAGAAGCGAGUUUAAUGUUUCACAAAAAGGGUUUUCCAUGCUUUCUAGAAGAAAUUAAACUCAGUAGGAAUAUGUGCCUGGACCUGGAACAUACAAUUGGGAUAAGAAACAAAAGUUGCGACCUCCUUCCUAUAAAAUCGGAAAUGAGACUAGAGAUAGCUUGAAUCGAGAAUUGCUCAGAACUCCAGGACCAGGAACUUAUGAAUCUAGAUAUGAAUUUGCAAGGCCAAAAUCAGCAUAAGUUCGUAUUGGUAGUGCUACUCGUAGGCCAUUGAGUGACACAAGAGAUAUCCCAGGACCUGGAACUUAUGAUUUGAACACUAAAAUGGGGGAGGGUCCCAAACAUUAGAUUUUAGGAAGUAAGUACGAACCUACUACUACUUUGAAUCAACCUGGUCCAGGAGCAUAUAAUCCCAAUGAUGGACCAAGUAAACAGCGUCCUGCUUCAGCAAAAAUUGGUACAGGUCAAAGAGCUGAAUUGAAUGCUGGUUUUGGAAAAGACGCUCCAGGGCCUGGAAAUUAUAAUUUGAGAGGUUCCUCUGAUGGGCCUAAGUGGGGAUUCGGAACAGCACUAAGACCAAAUCUAAAUUAAACAGAUUAGAGUGUGCCAGGACCGGGAAACUACACGCUCAAGCCAACUUUUGCAGAUGUGCCAUCAUACCUAUUGAAUAAAUGA